AUGUCGCAAGACUCAGGACCAGCGCCCCAUCCGAGCUGCAAAGUCAUCCUUGCAGGCACUAUCGCGAAGGGACUACUCGCAGAGGUCCAAGCCGGUUUGAAGGAACUCGAUCGCAAACCCCAUUUGCUGGGAAUACUGGCGAACAAUGAUCCUGCCGCCAAAGUGUACGCAGAUUGGACAGAGAAGACGUGUCGUGAGAAUGGCUUCUUGUACACCCUCCAACAAGCCGCCAAAGACUCGGUCGAAGAAGUUGUGCUCGCCGCCAAUGCCAACUCAGCCUACGACGGCAUCAUAAUCUACUACCCCAUCUUCAACAACCGGGGCCAAGACCAGUACAUACAGAACAUAGUGUCCCUUCCAAAGGAUGUCGAGGGGUUGAGUCACCAGUACAUAUUCAAUAUGUAUCAGAAUAUCCGCUUUCUCGACGACGCACAGAUGAUGAAGAGUAUCUUGCCCUGUACUCCGCUGGCAGUGAUAAAGAUCCUAGAGUACUUGCAUAUUUACAACACGAUCUUGCCCUACGGUAACAGACUUUUCGGCCGCACGAUCUGCGUAGUCAACCGCAGUGAAGUCGUCGGUCGUCCGCUCGCCGCUUUACUUGCCAACGAUGGAGCGUGCGUGUAUUCCGUCGACGUUACGGGUGUUCAGCAAUUCCACCGCGGAGCCGGGAUACGCAAGAGGAAGCACGAAGUGGUGGAGAUGGAAGGCUGGACCAUCGAGAAUUGUGCCCCUUUGUGCGACGUCGUCAUCACGGGUGUCCCCGGCGAAGCUUACAAAUUCCCGUGCCACCUGUUGAAGGAGGGUGCGGUGUGUAUCAAUUUCUCAUCUGAGAAAAACUUCCCUCCCGAAGUCAAAGAAAAGGCAUCCAUCUACGUCCCCGCCAUUGGAAAAGUCACCAUUGUCGUGCUCCUGCGGAACCUGCUGCGCAUCGUACAGAAUCGGCAGGCGCAGGUCGAGAGAGAGCGGCAUUCUCAGGCUCAGCCCUCGGCCCAUGAAAGCUCCACGGAAGCGCAGGCCCGCAAUACUGUCGCAACCGGACAGAAACUAGAAACAGCGACACUGAACGGUGUUGCGAAGUAG